AUGUGCAACACGUGCGCUUAUAGAGACAGCUUUAAGUGGUCCAAAGGGAAAGUGAGAGACAAGUUGAACAACCUUGUCCUGUUUGACAAAGCCACUUACGACAAACUGUGCAAAGAAGUGCCCAACUACAAGCUCAUUACGCCUGCAGUUGUCUCGGAGAGACUGAAGAUUCGAGGCUCCCUGGCUAGAGCUGCCCUCCAGGAGCUGCUCAGCAAAGGUUUGAUCAAACUGGUGUCCAAGCACCGAGCGCAGGUGAUCUACACCAGAAACACAAAAGGCGGAGACGCGCCUGCCGCAGGGGAGGACGCAUAGGGAGGUUCUUCAGGGAUGCUCAUCAAUGUGUCAUAUGUAGGUGCACACAAUAAAAUUACUGAAAUAACUUCUCUUGCUUUUUCA